ACCAGCCCCCCUGCUGCGUGUAGGUUGGUACGGUCUAUUUUCGGAGUCCCACUUACAACAAUCCUGGAAUGCGAGCAGUUUGGAAAACGUGGAUGAAAUAUAUAUAUGUUACUGUACGUUCUAGUGUGAAAACAUCGUUGAUGUUGAGUAUGAAUCUGCGUCUGUUAUGAGUACAUGUGUGUUUAGACUUGAGUGCCAGCCUUGGAGACAUGGAGGCCAAAGAGGAGAUCAGCGACACAGACAGUGGGAUUAUUCUGCAUUCUGGACUGGACAGCCCUAUUAAUAUAACCAAAGAUGUCAGUACGCACACUCGGGCUGUGAAGCUAAAACAGCAGUCAUUACAGGAUAGACUUGAGCUGUGUAUUCUGGAGCUGAAGAAACUCUGCAUUAGAGAGGCUGAGCUCACUGGACAUUUGUGCUCUGACUACCCUCUGUUGCCUGGAGAGAAACCACCGCAGAUACGCAAACGCAUUGGGGCUGCCUUCAAGUUGGAUGAGCAAAGCAUUCUGAACAAAGCAGAGGACUCCGAGCUAUCCUCAGUAGAAGCUAAGCUGUCCCUCCAGCAUCAGAUCUACGUAGCUGCACAUAGGCUUUGCCAUGAAGAGCACCUGAGCAAGGCAGUAAAGAAAAGCAGAGUGCAACAGCGCAUGCGUGAGGAGCAGAAACUUAAGGAGCUGCAGGAUUCUGUAUUCAGACUACGUCUCGAACACGGCCGCUCCUCACCGCGACCUAGUAUAAUCACUCAAAAAUAUCAUGGCACGUCGGAUAACAGUUCAUUGUCAGAUUCCGCAGUAUUGGAUGAAGAAGAGCUGAUGAGCGAGUCAUCCCAGGCUUCCUCUGAGCUCCCCUGUAUUACAGAGCUUCAUUCUGUGACCUUAGACCCUUCCCAUCUUUUUCUAAAUCCCUCUGGUUCCCCGCUUCAUCCCCCUCGGCCAAUUCCCAGCCCCAGUCGGCUACCUCCUGAGCAUUUGCACCCCUGUUACAGCCCUUUACCAGAGUAUGACCCUGCCCCCAUCCAGAAUUCUCCUUGGACAGAGUCUAGCCUUGAUCAGCCUUACCAUAAAAAAAAGUCUCUCGUCAGUUCCACUAACUCAAGUCCUGCUGUUACACCUACGUUGCCCCCAUUGGAAACCCAUUUAAAUGAUGUAGACCUGAAGCUGCAGAAACCAAAACAUACAGCACUGAGACACACACAGUCCAGCACUACCCCCUCUACUCCAGAAAUGCAUCUUUACAGAGUCCCAUCCCUCAGAGUUCCCAGUAGUGAUCCAUCAAACAAUGCAGAGCAAAACAGAGGGCGGUUGGGCAGACCCAGAAGACGACUGACUGAUGUUAAUUUGGCGACACCGGAGUACUUUCCUGUGAUGUUGGCUAUGGAAAGCCCGAUACACCACUAUGGGUCAGAGGACAGUAACUCUAAGCACUCCUCGGCACCUUUAUAUACAAGCUCACCACAUCAAGAGAUUUACGCUGAGCCAGAGCAGCUAUGCAGGGCACAGCACAGAUACCACUAUUCUAAUAACAUCCCACUGCCCUUUAUAAAUCACAACCACUACAAAAACCCCUCACCCCAGCUCUCCCCCAGGCUUUACAGAAGACAUGUAGAUGAGGGAAAAUGCCAUGAUAUGGACUUGAGUAGACUGUGUAUUAGGCACCAGCCUUCUCCUUGCACCAGUGGUCACAACGAGUACUGGUACAAGGCAGCUCCACUAUACCAGCAAGGGGGCAGACUGAUCCCCCACCACGUGAAGCUAUUCCGGGCCCCAUCACUCAAAGAGCACCCUCAUCAUGCAAGCAGUGCUCUCCCACGACCGGUGGUUUCAGACGAGCUGAAGUCAUGGCAUCAGCGUUGCCAGCUACGGCCACGGUCUGUAGACAGACAAAGCUCUGUGUGCAUUCGGAACCCGCCCAUGCAUGAUUCACCACUCACUCGUCAUCAUGACUUCCAUGAUCAGGUCCCACAAAGGAUUGCAGACAGAACACCAGUUAAAUGGUAUGAGGAAGAAGAGCAAGAGAUAUUCAGCCAGGUGUAGCAAAAAGGACCCUAAUUAACUAAAGUCAUAUUUAUGUUUUAAUUUAUUGACUAACUAACUGAAAGUAUAAGUGGUUCUGUCUGUAGUUUGACUGAGCUUUUAUAUUUUUGAUAGCAUUUUUAUACAAAAAACACUACUGUAAUAUUUUACUUCUUUUACUUUUGUGGAAAACAGUGCUUAUAGAGUAGAUUUUAUUUCUGCAUUACUGAGUUAAUUUUCCCAAGUUACAUUUUACCUGUCAGCCUGUGUUGCUACUGAUGCAAAUAAAAUGGAAAAGAGA